UUUAAUUUCUUUGGUCUGUCUAAUUGCUCUGGCUAGAGUUUCAAGGAUGAUAUUGAAAAGAAGUGGUGAAAGAGGGGCAUCCGUGCCUCAUUGAUUCCUUUUUAUAAGGUGAACUAUUCUUGCAUUCAGGAAUGAAGCCCACUUGGACAGACCUUGCAGAUCUCAUUGACCAUGAAGCCAUCAGGAGCUCUUCUGCUUUUGGUCAGUGUGGCCUGUUUGUUCCUCUUCACAGAGGCUGUGAGCCACAGAAACCUUCGGGCUUUGUGCAGCAACUAUGAGAAGAAACUAGCUACAGAUGGAAAAUUCUGCCCAAAGACCAAUAAACCAGUGUGCGGCACUGAUGGGAAAACUUACCCAAGUCUCUGUGAAUUCUGCAAAGCAGCUAUAGAAAGAAUUGGAAAACUUGAUUUCAAACAUGAAGGGAAGUGUUGAUUCGUUUGAUGUUGCAAUAAUGGAAGCACCUUUGGCUUGCUUUAGAAAAUGUCUUCCUAUUUCCCCAGUCUCCAUUACAAUGUAUUUCCUAUCAGUUAAUGUGCACAAAAGGCAGUAGUUUCAAUAAAAAUCAUC